ACAGGCCUCGGGUUUCCCGGGAGCCCUCGCGGCAGCGGAAGGUGAGGCCGCCGUCAUGGCGUUGUCCGGCUCGGCUGCUUACCUGACGCACCAGCAGAAGGUGUUACGGCUUUAUAAGCGGGCGCUGCGCCACCUCGAGUCUUGGGUCUUCCACAGGGAUAAAUACCGGUACUUUGCUUGUUUGAUGAGAGCCCGGUUUGACGAGCAUAAGAAUGAAAAGAAUAUGGUGAAGGCCACGCAGCUGCUGAAGGAGGCGGAAGAGGAAUUCUGGCAGUGUCAGCACCCACAGCCAUAUAUCUUCCCCGAUUCUCCUGGGGGCACCUGCUAUGAGAGAUACGUGUGCUACAAGGUCCCUGAGUGGUGCUUAGACGACUGGCAUCCUUCUGAGAAGGCGAUGUACCCAGAUUACUUUGCCAAGAGAGAGCAGUGGAAGAAACUGCGCAUGGAGAGCUGGGAGCGGGAGGUUAAGCAGCUGCAGGAGGAAACCCCACCUGGUGGUCCUAAGACUGAAGCUUUGCCUCCUGCUCGAAAGGCAGGUGAUUUGCCUCCACUAUGGUGGCACAUUGUGACCAGGCCCCGGGAGUAUCCCAUGUAAAGAGAGAGGAAGACACCUCGCUGUUCACGUUUGCAAGUGAAAUCAGUUACAGACUGUAUGCACUUGCCCUAAUAAAAAUAACCAAACAUG